AAAUAUAUUGGCAUAAUACUAUUGAAGAUAGAAGAAAUGCCCUAGUAAUGUAUAACUCAUUUCAUGAAUCUUUCUUAAAAAUAUUAAGUGAGAAUUCUGACUAUACUAAAGAACCUACAACUAAAUUUAAACUUCUACAACAUUCUACAAUUCCACUUA